UAGUCAGUGGCUUUAAUCUGUAGGGUCAAGCAAUGCAAGAUUAUAUGUAAAGCACCUGUUAAAUGCACAAAAAGUUCCAGCUGCAUGGCAUACAUGUUCUUGUCUUGUCUGACCCACAGCUGUGGGGCUGUAUGGUGCUGUGGAUAACGUGUGCAAAAGAUCCUCAUUUCGAAACCGGGAGGAGACACAGAGUCAGCCUUGGGACGUUCAAAGCUAGUGUACUGGUAGUGCCGGUUCCAAGCCUGGGCCUUCCUCUGUAUAGGUUUUGCCUCUCAGGAUGUUUUAACACGGUAGUGUAGUGAAGAGGACCAUCACUUCAUCAGGAUCUGUAAGCGGACGCUUGGCCAGUAGAUAAAAAUGGCUCACUUAAGUCUCACUCCCACCUCAAAGCUUAUUAGCAGUGGCUUUGUCUGGCUCCUGUGGAUUGUCCUGGGGUUUUCGACUUCACACACUCAUGCAGAUACUGGCCUUACAGUACCUCAGCGGGUGACGCUGUCUCCUAACUGGUACACACAGGAACUCUCCAUAUCCUGGUUGGGAGGAGGCGCAACGACCUUUGACCUCAUCAUUCUAAGAACUGAAUUCAAUGAAACUGUCUUCUAUGAGACAGUCUCUCCGACAGUGAAUAAGGUGAGUGGUCUGCACCAGUGGACGUGGACUUCAGUUAACCCCCUGGAGUGUACCUCCCUGUCAGUCAAAAUCUGCUCAAGAGAUGGGCACACUACAAGUGAAUGGAGUCAGACUGAGACACUUCAAGGAAAUGAUCACCCCAAUAGUGAGCAGAGAGUUAAGGUAUUUCCCCAGGACAAAGUUUUACCUGUGGGGGCCAACAUCACCUUCUGUUGCAUUUUGGAUGAAGGGAUGGUCUUAGAUAAGCUAAAGUACGACGGGAACACCACGAGCGUGACACGACUGAGCAGGCGGACCUAUUCCACCACAGUGUUCAAUCUGGUGGCCUCUCGCCAGUCAGGGAGCAACAUGCUUUGUUUGCCAGAAGACAAGGAAAAACUGUAUGGAGCCGUUGUGUUUGUUGGAUAUCCACCACUGCCCAUUGAUUUUAAAUGUGAGACUCAUGACUUAAGAUCAGCUGUGUGCCAGUGGGGUAAAGGACGAGACACUCACUUGUAUGGCAGUCAACGAGGAACUCGCUACUUUGUGAACAACAGGGACUGCAGUGAGGUCAACCAAGAUGUGGGACAGAAAGAAGCAACCUGUACUUUAGACACAUGGGAGGGUAACUGGACACUGGUAGCUAAGAAUCUUCUCGGCCAGUACAGCCUCACGGACACUGCUGAACUCAGUCACAGAGUGUGUCCAGUGGCGCCAGAUCUGCUGAGCGUCGUUGCCGAUGCCUGGAAUGCCUCUUUGUCGUGGCAUUGGAAGUACGACAGUUAUUCUUCCUUGGCACUUGUCUGCCAGGUUGAGAUCACCGCAACAGAGGACGAAAAACUAAUAAAGCGUGUUUUCUCUGGUGUGGGUCUGAGGUCUGUGUUUCUGUCGGACCUGUAUCCUGAUGAGCACUACAGUGUUAAAGUCCGCUGCGGUGCCCAGCAGAAUUUCUGGAAGUGGGGAAACUGGAGCAAACUGUCUUCCUUCAAAACUAAAACCUAUGUUCCCGAUACCCCAGAUGCUUGGAUAUGGUUGAACACAGAUAACACCGGGAAGGUUGUUUGGAAGCCUCUAACACGAAGACAGAGCCACGGUAAACUGACACAAUAUGAAGUUUUCCUUUGGAGUCCUGAAGAAAAUCGAGCACUUGCGCCGGCUGUAACCUUGCCACCGAAUAAUUGGUCCAUGCCAGUCAACCUCACAGAAAUCGCUUUCUUCAGCAAUAACGGCAGCGUCAUAGCAAAAGUAACUGCAAGGAAUGAUGCGGGAUCUUCUCCACCUGCAAGAGUACAUUUGACAAGUGUGGAACCCCUUGCUGCGCCCAGGAUAGUUUAUACAGACCAAGGUUUUCCCCUGUUCUGGGAAAACAAUGCCAAUGCCACCUGUGGAUAUGUGGUAGAGUGGCUUGAUGCCUUCUGCCCACAAGACUGCCCUGUAGAGUGGAUUAAGUUGCCUGCUGGAACCACUAAUGUUUCCAUUGAGUCAGCUACGUUCCAGCCAGGUGUGAGAUACAACUUGUCCUUGUACAGCUGCUCCUCAGAUGCCAGGGAACUGUUGAAGCGCUGGCAGGGAUACACGCAGGAGCUGGUCCCUUCUGUUGCUUUGACUCUGUCAGCCAGUCAGCAGAACGCUGAUAUUCUUCUCACCUGGAAAGAGAUUCCACUGGUGAACAGAAGAGGCUUCCUCCUGGGCUACAAUAUUUACAACAGCACUGGUUACCAGUUCAAACUACUAGAGAAUGUGUCUGAUCCAGAAACGAUGAGCUACACAGCAAAGGGUUUCACUAAGGGGACCUUCAAAUUUACUGUCAAGGCCUACACUGCAGCAGGGGAGAACACAGGCACCACUGCCACUGUAACAAUAGAGCCCUACACUGAUUGGCUCAUCUUGGAGAUCUUGACUUCUUUGGGGCUUGUAACUUUAUUACUGGCCAUCGUCACUUUCACUUGCUACAAGAAAAGGAAGUGGGUAAAGAAGGCAUUCUAUCCAGAUAUUCCAGAGCCCAAGCUUCCCAGUGAUUGGCCCAGGACACGGGGUCCGUUGGACGUGAAGCCAUCUCCCCACAGCAUGGUGUGUGUUGUAGAAACACCUGAGUAUGAUUGUAUUAAAGAUAUGCUUGUUGCCAUUCCUGAGGAAGAUGAGGAUGAUGCAGGGCAGGGAAUAGGAGAUGAGUCAGUUGACACAGAUGAACCAACGUCAUUACGCUACUAUAACCAAAUGGUAGACGAGCGUCCCAUAAGGCCACGUUUCCCAGACUCGUCUGCUUCUUCUAUAUCGUCUAUGAGUUCAGCUCACACCGAUGUGACAUACACAGGGAUCCAGACCUCAGGGUCUUCUUUGGUCCUCCAGCUGGAUCCACAGGGUUCUUCCGAGUGCCACCAACCCCAGCUUGAUCGGUCGGUCAGCUAUGGAGGAGGAGGCUAUCGACCUCAGAUGCAACCUAGAGCCCCAAGUGAUGACAUGGACCUGUCUUCACCAGAGUCUUUCCUAGAGCCACAGGCUGCCUGUUCUGGGGGCUACAAGCCCCAGGGCUCCUGGCAGUUGGACUCCCCCGUGGAUGCUGCAGAAAUGGGCAGCCUGGCACCUUCACUGGGAUCCCCUACCUCUGUUGCUUCCACUCAAUUCCUUCUCCCGGAUGGAGAAGAGAAUACAGGGGAGAAACGACAGCUGUCGUCGUCAGCAGCAUCCUGGCUCACAAACCUGCUGUCAUCAACAAAACCAUGAGAUCAUCUCUCUCUCAGUACUAGUCGCCAGGUCAGGGGGUUUAAUGUGAAACUAUUUUCAUCAUUACUGUUACCAGUGUCAUGUAUCGCAAGGCUAAGCCACAUAGUCUAGCUAAGUAUCCCUUCUGAUGUAGCACUACAUGAUUGUUGCAUUUCGACAGCAGCAGUUAAUAAGUCAUUUUCUGACGUUUAUGCCAAACACGUAGAAAUGUGUCUUGUUAUUUUCUCGUCCUUGGAUUAUGAAUAUAAAUCUGUAUAUUUAUAAAUCAAAACAUUUCUAUCAUGGCAGCAAAACUCCUCAAAUGAUUUGUUCAUACCUCUCCUCUUUCUACCAUACUAUAUAUGCACCCUCUGGAGACCCGGUGUCUGAUCUGUGACUUUGUGUGAUGGGCAUUUCCAAAUGGCAUUUCCUGUGUUUAGUGUGCUUACCUUUCUUUCUUUCUUUCUUUCUUUCUUUCUUUUGGUGAUGUAAGCUUUACUACACUACAGAGAAAAACUGAAUGCAGCACAGCUUCAAACUUUAUAAUGGCACCUGAAAAUACUUUAUAAGUACCUUUUAGGAAAGGAGCAGUUUUAAUUGUUCAUGUCUUCUGCUGUUCCACCAUUGGUUUAAUCUUACCUGCUUUGAGACAGCUACAGGACUGAAGCUCAAGUCCUCUCACAUGUGAUUUACAGUUCACAAAUAACUGUUGAAACAGGGAGAUAUCAGUGGAACUAUGCACUUAUUGAUGAGAAUCAUCUUUAGUUUACACAGAUGUGGGUGUGGUGCUUUGUAUUAUGGUCUGGAAAUAUAUGGGUGAUAAACCCAUCGGAUAUACACUGUUAUAAGCUAAAAACAUGAAUACAAAGUGAUGUAUUAUAAUGAACAAACACACUAAUAUGUAAUGUUUUCUUGCCUUCUGUUUUGCCUUCAUUACCAGUAGAGUUUAUUUUUAUUUUUUUAUUUGGUUUUUUUGGGGGGGAUUUUGCCACGAAACGGAUUUCACGGUCAGGCUGAUACUUGUAUUAUCCUCCGAGAUGAUGAUUGAUAUUAUACAUUUUUAACUGAUGCGAGUUAGUUGGGUGGGUAAUCAACGUUUUCAAAAUUCAACGCUUCCAAUGCUUUGCACCAUCAAAUUUCACACAUUGCCUUAUUACUCAUAAAUGUUGCUGUUAACAAUGUCUUACGCUAAUGUGAUUCAGAAUUGACUGAAAGUGCACUGUAUUUCAGUAUCUGGAUCCCACCCACACUUUAGUUUAAUGUACAGGAGAUGUCAUUUGUCAUCAGUUUUAGUGAGUGCUAUGGCUUCUCGGUGUGUCGGUGUGGAUUGCGAAGAUUUCUUUGGUUUCUUUAGAGAGUUCUGCACAAGAACUUGAUAUCAUUUUGGUAGGCUGUGUUUAUGUGUUUACUGUCUUUUGGUCUGCAGUACAUUUAAACAAAUGUUUUAUAAUAAUAUAUAUAUAUAUAUAUGCCGCCUUUUAAAUUCUAUGGUUAGAUAAAGGGACCAAAGGAGAGAAAUGAUAGAUAAUGACUAGAAAUGCUCAUUGAAUACAAAUGAGUAUAGAAAGCUUAUAAUUUGACACAAUAAGCAAGAUGUAUUGUUUUCUUUUCUUCUUUUAGAGUCAGGCCAGGGCUUGCCCGCACGGCAGAUGUGGUCUGUUGUUUCUCAGUGCCUCCAGCCAACAAGCUUUAAGCAAACCUACUGUGACGUGAAUCAUGACGUAAACGAACUUUAACUCCGUCUUCACAGACGAACUGAUAACAGGCAGGCAGUCAGUCCUCUUUGACUACUGAGAAAAUUGUAUCCCCCCUUUCUUUCUCUCAGAAAACUGCUCUGAAUUUUGAUUUAUGAGGCGACAGCUUGCAUCAGUACUGAAUAAGCCACUUUCAGUAUAGGAGAUCAUCAUCUUCCAAGAUUAUUUUAAAGAGGGGAUGUAACUCUGAGUAUUUAAACAUGGCUGCAUAUUCUGUUCCUUCGAAGCUUGCUUUUUUUUUUUUUUUAAACAAGCAGUGCUUCGAAGGUUAUAAGUUACAGUGUGUUACAGGAUUUAUGUUGAUUUUGAUCAACAGACUGGCACCUUUUUAUUGUCCUGGAAAUCUUAUUAUUAAUGCAACAAACUGUACAUAAGUGUGAUUUUCUGUUUUCCCCUUACUUUCUUGCAAUACAAAAUCUCCUGAUGUUUUAUAUAAAAUGGCAUUAUAUUCCCUCUACUAUUUAGUUAAUGAGAGGAAAAUUCAAACAGUCAGAUUUGAAAUAUAUAUUUGUUGUAUAUAAAGUGAAUAAGAAUUGUGAUCCUGUUUUUUCUUUUUUUUUUUUCUUUUUGUUUUUAAGCUUACUCCGCUUUGCAUUGCUAUCUUUCCAUAGGAGAUUCGCUUUGCCAGACAAAGUGUAUGUAAGGCUAGAGAUCUCUUCAUUGCAGCCGCAGACGAGCAAUUUUUCUUUAAAGUUUCCGCUGUUUUCUGAGGUUCAUCUUCAUUUUUAAUGAGUGUUUACACUGUAGAAUUUUUGAAUAUGUGCUUUGUAUACCAGUGUAAACUUGCUGCUUUACACAUCUUCCUCGUUGGCCUCGGAUGUCUUUGUGAAAUUGAUGCAUGCUAUCUAAAAUAUCACAACAAAACAGUGGCUUGUAAACUUCUCGUUUAUGUUGCCAUAUGGCUUGGAAACUAACACUUAGUGUUCUGCAUGACAACAGGACUGAAAGUAUUGUGCAUUUAAAAAAAAGUACCUUAUUUCAGGAAAUUGUUCUUAAAUUCGGGAUAUCUAGCAGAUUAUUUUAUCCGUUCAUUUUAUUGAAUGAAAACACUACAUUUUGUCCGAGUGGAAAAAAUAAAUGUUAACACUACUAACACAAAAUGGUAUACUAUUUGUUUCAAUGCAAUAAAAUGACUUGUCUGGCUGUUA